CUGGUCAAUGCAUAAGACCAGUGAUCCCUAUGGCUUGAGAACUUCCUAUCUUGUAUUAACGAGUCUGUACUUGCUGAGCAAGUUUCUUUAUAAUAAAUGAUAUCAGUCUUUCUUCAAAAAAAAAAAAAAGCAUAAGACCCCCAUUUACGGCUCUGCUGCUUGGAAGUUCUCUCUUUUUUGCAAACUUCAUAUGUAUCAUCUUUUUUAACAAGUUCUCAGCUCUUUUGUGCGCUAUAGCUCUAUUUCCUGACUAAUGUCCAAUGCAAAUGACCAAGGGGCACCAGGUGGUGCCGUAGCAGCUGUUGUUAUAGUGAGCGUGGUAAUCAUCAUGGUAAAGAUUGCUAUUUUGUUUUCGGUAUGGGAUAAAAUAACUCGAAUAUUUGGUAGCAGCCCUAUUGCUCCGGACUCACGAUUUCAGACGCUCACCAUGGAUAAAUUUCUCAAUGAUAUGGAAAGAGAGAAACCAAUCAGAUUUACCUCUCAGCAGCUCAGGAUUGCAACAGACAACUUCACCAAUUUGUUGGGUGCAGGAGGGUUUGGAUCGGUGUAUAAGGGGAUCUUUAGUAAUGGAACCAUUGUGGCAGUGAAGGUUCUAUAUGGGAGCUCUGAUAAGAGAAUUGAGGAACAAUUCAAGGCGGAAGUUAGUACAAUUGGAAGAGUUCAUCAUUUCAAUCUGGUUCGUCUUUACGGUUUCUGUUUUGAUGAGCACUUGAGAGCACUUGUUUAUGAGUACAUGGGGAAUGGCUCUCUUGACAAGUACUUAUUCCUUGAAAACAAUAUCUUAGGAUUUGAAAAGCUUCAUGAGAUUGCAGUUGGGACAGCAAAAGGGAUUGCUUACUUGCACGAAGAAUGUCAGCAGAGAAUAAUCCAUUAUGAUAUAAAACCAGGAAAUAUUCUCUUGGAUCCAAACUUCUUUCCUAAAGUUGCUGAUUUUGGUUUGGCCAAGCUGUGUAACAGAGAAAAUACUCACAUCAGUAUGACAGGAGGAAGGGGGACUCCUGGUUAUGCUGCACCAGAAAUGUGGAUGCCAUUUCCCAUAACCCACAAGUGUGAUGUUUACAGCUUUGGGAUGUUACUAUUUGAAAUCUUAGGUAGAAGAAGGAACCUAAAUAUCCAACUUCCAGAGAGCCAGCAGUGGUUCCCAAGGUGGGUUUGGAAGAAGUUUGAAGAUGGAGAACUGGGAGAGUUGACCAUUGUUUGUGGGGUAGAGGAGAAUCGUAGAGAAAUCUCAGAAAGAAUGGUUAAAAUAGCUCUCUGGUGUGUUCAGUAUAGGCCUGAAUCUAGGCCAGUGAUGAGUGUUGUGGUGAAGAUGUUGGAAGGAGCAGUAGAAAUUCCAACACCUUUAUGUCCAUUCCAGCACAUGUUGGAUGUUACCCCUGACCCUAAUUCAUCUUUCAAUCCAUUACAGUCUGGUAGCACUUUUGAUUCGAAGUAUUCAUCUCAAAUGGUUACAGGAUCUGGAGGCUUUGUAUGUGAUACUCCUGCGAUGAGGAAAUAUGAGAUUCAAAUAGCCUCUACUUAGGUGGCUGAAGAGUGUGAGAGUAUAUGUGUGUGUUUUGUUACAAACAUUAUUUCUUUUCAAGCCUUAUUUCCAACAUGUUUGAGAUAAUAUAAUUGUCCUGACUUUCUGUC